GCCUGAAUGAAGCAGUCAGCUCUUUUGCGGCAGAGCUGGUUUGUUGGUGGUAGGUCUUGCUGGGGGUUUCAAUGCCAAGCUCUGGUUGUGGUUGGUUUCAGUAAAUUUUUGUUUUUUGCAUGGUUACAUUGACACUGCGACAUGUGGCGGCUUAAAAACAUUUUAUUAUGGAACUUGAUGGCUGCAGUAAUUGUUUUAGGUCAAGCAUGGCCAAAUACGAAGCUCGCUUCACAGUCAAGCAGUGGUUUAAAGGCAGACUGUUUAGGAAAUCUAAUGAGGCUGUCAAUGGACGAGGCUUUAGCAGUGGGGAACCAGCUUGUAGUGGAAGCCAUCAAUGGUACCCAGUGUGUCUUGUUGACACCCACCUUGGCUGCUCAGUGUGGGUACAGCAUGGAGUCUGACCCCUGGGGUAACACAAGAAUCUACACGUCUCUGAUGGGCUGCUUUGUGGACAACAAGGAUGAUGCAACAUUUAAAAUUGGCUUGAAACUCCAAAUGUACAGCCAGAGGCCAUCAGAUGUGGUAACUCAUGAAGUGAAUCAAACGUGCAGCUACACUCGCUGGGCCCCUAAAGAGAUUCUCUGUGACAGGAACUACAUGGAAGUGUCAAACUACUUGAUGAAAGCUAAUCCACAAACUAAGCGGCCGGCUCAGGAUCAAAAUGUUGACUCAUAUCUGCUUGAGGACUCUGGUGCAUCACAUGGUAUCUGGAAGAUGACAUUUUUCACCCCUGAACCAGUGGUAAUGGUGCCAAGGGAGGCUGAACAAGCUGGCUACAGUGCAAUGACUACCUCUAACAGACUGAUUAUGCGAAGCCCUUACAAUACACCAGAGACCUUCUCAGAGGAUGUGGCUGGAAUCCCCAUGGAAGUCUUCAAGGUGAGCGUCUACAACAAGGCAGAAAGUGGUCUGGGUAUCGUGAACUUGGCAGCAGCUUGUCCCACAGGGGGCGUACUCUUCACUGAGAGUGUGAUCUCUUGGUACAUCCCUCGCCGCAUGACCCCUCUAAUGGACGGCACAUUCAGAAUUGUAGAGAUGCACAUGGGCAUCAAUGGGCAGAGGCUGGAUAGGUCUCAGAUGGCUGCGAGAGGGUACACACUAUCCACCACAGACUUUCACAUUGUUGCCGAGAUCCCAGUGGGCUCACCCGAUGGUUACUACAAGAGUCAUGCCCCAGAAUACCAGUACUAUGUCACCUACACUGUGGAGCCAAUGCUCGAGGUACUCUGGAGGGCAGAUGGGACCCAAGAUGAUAUAAAAUACAAGGUUUUGUUCCCCAUUACAACGCCUCUGAUGCCCAGACCUCCCCAUGUGGAAGAUUAUACGGUUCCAGAGGACGGUGUGUUUAGCGUCAUGUUGGGGGGCUUCUUUCAUGAUGUGGAGCUGAAGAACAUCACCUUUGUUACUGGUGUUCUCACUGUGGAGGAGAGCAAUGCCAGAGGCCUGAUUGUCCAGGAGCACAUCUACACCAAUGGCACAAAGGGCUUCUCUUUACAAGUGUCCUUCGAUGCCGAUGUUGUCCUGAAGACCAAUCCCGACCCCUUGAUUACAACCUACUCUCUCCCUUUGACCGUUGGGCUGAUCAUCCUGCCUGAUGGAACUUCCUUUGCUCAUGAGGUGACACUGCAGGCGUCUCUGCAGGAUGUUGUGCUGCCUGCACUUACUGGCACCUGUGAUCAGAAGCACUUUUACGUCAGGGUGAAAUAUGGCAGUCAAGACCGUAAUUUUGAGACCGCGGUUGGAAUGCGACAGCUAACCCCCGACCUGGCUAAAGCCUACAAGCUGCAGGAAAACCGCACACACUUGAUCCUCAGAGUGCCCUACAAUGCCCAAGACUCAAACUUUGAGCUGGUUUCCUCAGUUUCCAUCCAAGCCAGACUUGACAUCGUGCUCUGGGAACCAAACAAUCAGUGGGUGCUUGGUGACCUCUCCCUGGCCUGCAGCUUUCCCUUGAUGACAACUAAAUGCUAUCCUAAUGGAACAAUAACGGCAGUGGCUGUGAAGCUGGAAUCUGUGCCCAGUCUCGUCCCAAGUCAGCUAACAUUGAAGGACCGGUCUUGUAGACCAGUUUUCAGCAACGAUCGCUUUGCCCACUUUUCUUUCUCUGCAGAUUCAUGUGGAACAAGU